AUGGAGGAUGGUGAAAAUGUCAUGGAGCAUCUUAACACCUUUAAUAGGUGUAUUGCGGCCUUGGAUAAGGUGCACAUGGUUUAUAGCACAAAGGAUGAGGCAUUGAUGUUGUUGGCAUCAUUGUGUCCGUCCUAUGAACACUUACAGAAGAUGCUGAUAAUUGGCAAGGGUACUCUCAAUUUUGAGGAAGUGGUGCAAGACUUGGUGCCUCACAGGUUGGCUCAAAAUUCUAGAGAUAGCUCUCAAGAUGUGGGUUUAUUAACACGAACCAGAAAGCGAGGUCAUACAAGCAAGCAUAAGGGCAAGAAAGGAAAUGUGAGGAAUUCUAAAUUUAAAGACAAUGAAGAGUGCUUCAAGUAUGGAUCUAUAGACUAUUGGAAGCGGGUUCGUCCGAUAUGGAAAUAG